CACCUUCACGGCAGCACGGGUCCGCUACGGAUAAACGGUCGCUACUCGCUAGUCGUCCGGUGAAGCCGCGCAAGCAGCUGCCGCCGGGAUAAACCGUUUGUUGGCCAGGUCCCCCUCUAUCCGGUUUCACCCCUCAAAUUAUAUCGCCCAAGCAGCCGCGCCGCCGGGCAAAAAUGCUCUCGCUGCGGGCGCCGCCCCGUACUCUGUCGCCCUCGCCGUGGCGGAGACGGGGCCGCCUCGACGGUUUCGCCGCGCCGCGUUGUGUCAGCGCCGCGCCACCUGCGACAACCCUAGAGACGGCUACCGCGCGGCCGGCAGGCGUCUCCUUCCCGAUUCUGGUGAAUGGCUGCACUGGUAAAAUGGGGGUAUCUGUUGCUGAGGCAGCUACUUCAAGGGGUCUUCACCUAGUUCCUGUUUCAUUCAGUAGUAGAGAGAACCUUGACAAAACAAUACAAAUUGGUGAUAUAGAUGUUGAGAUAUAUGGCCCUUCUGCAAGAGAAGAUGUUCUUUCAUCUGUCAUCGACGAAUUCCCAGAUGUCAUUGUGGUGGACUACACGGCGCCUAAUUCUGUGAACUCUAAUGCCGAGCUCUAUUGCAAGCUUGGUGUGCCAUUUGUAAUGGGCACAACUGGUGGCGAUCAGCAGUUACUGUACAAAUCAGUGCAAGAUUCAAAUAACUACGCACUAAUAUCUCCACAAAUGGGCAAACAGGUUGUUGCAUUUCUUGCUGCAAUGGAAACAAUUGCGGAGCAGUUUCCUGGGGCCUUUUCAGGCUAUCGUUUGGAGGUACUGGAAUCCCAUCAAGCAGGAAAGCUGGACACAUCUGGUACAGCUAAAGCUGUAAUUGCUUGUUUCGAGAAGUUAGGCGCGGUCUUUGACAUGGACCGGAUGGUUAAGAUCAGGGAUCCUGAGCAACAGCUUUAUAUGGUGGGUGUCCCCGAAGAACACAUUGAAGGGCAUGCAUUCCAUCUGUACCAUCUAACUUCUCCCGAUGACAGCGUUUCAUUUGAGUUCCAGCACAAUGUUUGUGGCCGUUCAAUCUACGCCGAAGGGUCAGUUGAUGCUGCCGUAUUUCUGUAUAAGAAGGUACAAUCAAUGGAUCCUAAGAGAAUUUACAACAUGAUUGAUGUCUUGCAAGAAGGCGAUAUGCGGUGAAGUUAAUUGAUUACCUCUUAAUGGAUCUGAGUGAAAUUUUGAAACAAAUCUUCCCAUAUCUUGCGGAAACACAGGGGAUUGGGAGGGGGUAGUAUUUAGUGAGUAGUGUGGACUGUGGAGUACUAGAGUUGAUAUAUGUACUGAACUGCGAAUAGUUUAGUCCAGAACCUUAAACUGUACGAACAGAAGUGGGGCAGGACGUCAAUAUUGUUCAUGUGGGUGGUAGCCUGGUUGGUACUCUGCUCCGUUCCAUAAUGUAAGACGUUUUUUGAAACUAGUGUCAAAAAACGUGACUAAUGUAGUGUCAAAAACAUCUUACAAUAACUGUUAAGCAAGUUUUUCUGGGCAUCCCGCUCAUUCAUCUA